AUGAGCUCAGCACAAGACAUCACUGGCGCAUCUGCGCACGGAAGACAGCUCGAAGUCUCCGCCAGUUUGGGGCUAUCAACUUCGCCAACCGCCACUUUCACCUCCCCCCCUUCAAGCUUUGCUAGAGCUGGCGCUGCUCUGGCCCAGAGGCCAGCCCCCAAGCUUCUGAAGCCCUUCAACACGCAAGACAUCAAGAUUUUGCUCCUCGAAAAUGUCAAUCAGACAGGAAAAGAUAUCCUGACCGAACAAGGUUACCAGGUCGAGGCUCUCAAGACCUCUCUGCCGGAAGACCAGCUCAUCGAGAAGAUUCGGGACGUGCAUGUCAUUGGUAUUCGCUCCAAGACCAAGUUGACCGAGAAGGUCCUGCGUGAGGCCAAGAACCUGCUCGUCAUUGGCUGCUUCUGCAUCGGCACGAACCAGGUCAACCUCGAAUACGCUGCCGCCCACGGUAUUGCUGUCUUCAACUCCCCCUUCGCCAACUCGCGCAGUGUUGCAGAGCUCGUUAUUGCCGAAAUUAUUACUCUUGCCCGUCAGCUUGGUGACCGCUCCAACGAGAUGCACCGCGGCACCUGGAACAAGGUCAGCUCCAAGUGCUGGGAAAUCCGUGGCAAGACGCUCGGCAUUGUGGGCUAUGGCCACAUUGGCUCGCAACUUUCGGUCCUGGCUGAGGCUAUGGGUAUGAACGUCGUUUACUAUGAUGUCGUGAACCUGAUGGCCUUGGGAACCGCGACCCAAGUACCCACCUUGGAAGCCUUACUCGAGGAGGCCGACUUCGUUACCUUGCACGUGCCUGAGCUGCCAGAGACCAAGAACCUGAUCUCUACUGCUCAGCUCGAGAAGAUGAAGACUGGCGCUUACUUGAUCAACGCCAGUCGCGGCAGCGUUGUCGACAUCCAGGCUCUGAUCAACGCCAUGCGCUCUGGCAAGAUUGCCGGUGCUGCUCUUGAUGUCUACCCCAACGAGCCGGCGGCCAACGGCGACUACUUCAACAGCUCGCUCAACACAUGGGGCGAGGACCUGCGUAGCCUGAACAACAUCAUUUUGACACCACACAUUGGUGGCAGCACCGAGGAAGCCCAGCGUGCUAUUGGUGUCGAAGGUGAGGAAUACGCUCAGUGGUUUGCUCGAGCAUACAAACUGAUCUCGAAAUUAGUUGCCGAGGCGCUUGUUCGCUACAUCAAUCAGGGCACAACGCUCAACAGUGUUAAUCUGCCAGAGGUUAACCUGAGAUCAUUGACCUUGGAUGAGCCCGAUCACGCUCGUGUCAUUUAUAUUCACCGCAACGUUCCCGGAGUCUUGCGCAGAGUCAACGAGAUUCUUGGCAACCACAAUGUUGACAAGCAGAUUUCCGACAGCAGAGGCGACAUUGCAUACCUCAUGGCCGACGUAAGCAGCGUCAAGGCCGAGGACAUCAAGGAGAUUAACGACGGUCUGGAUUCUCUGAGCUCACGCAUCAUGACCCGCGUCUUGUACUAG